UUAUUUUUUUUAAAUAGAUAUUUGUCAACUGGUACAUGUUUCAAAGCUCUGCAAUUCGACUUUCAUAUUGGGAAAAGUACAAUUGCAGAGAUUGUUAGAGAAGCUUGUACAAUGAUUUGGACAAUUUUGCAGCCUUUAGAAAUGCCACAACCCACUACAAAUCAAUGGCUUGAAAUAGCAGGUACAUUUUAUUCAAAAACGAAUUUCCCAAACUGUUUGGGAGCUAUCGACGGUAAGCACAUCAGGUGCAGAAAUCCUCGAAAUUCGGGAUCAUAUUAUUUUAACUAUAAAAAAUAUUUUUCAAUAAUUUUAAUGGCUGUGGUUGAUGCUAACCUGAGUUUUGUUGUAAUUGAUGUCGGAGCUUAUGGAAGAGAAUCGGAUUCAAACGUAUUCAAAGAAUGUCCAUUUGGCAAAAAACUAUAUUCUGGUCAGCUUAAUAUACCAGAACCUGCAUACUUGCCUAAUACCCAAAACGUUGUACAACCAUAUGUAUUUGUAGCAGACGAGGCAUUUGCACUCCAUAAAAAUUUACUAAGGCCAUAUCCAGGACGAGGCCUUACUGACAAACGUCGAAUUUUUAACUACAGGCUCUCUAGAGCUAGACGAACUGUGGAAUGCGCAUUUGGAGUGCUGUCAAACAAAUGGAGGGUGUUGCAUACCCCUUUGCUGGUAGAACCAGAUUUUGCAAAUGAAAUUAUCAAAGCAUGCUGUAUAUUACACAAUUUUGUGCGUCAAAGGGAUGGUAUCAAUUUUGACGACAUGGCAACGAGUCAAUUAGUCGAUGACUUGGAGGUUCGGGGAACAGCACCACGUACACAGGGAUUACAGGUCAGAGACUACUUUUCCGAUUAUUUUAUGGGUCCAGGCGCAGUACCAUUUCAGUACACAUGUAUUUAAUGUUUUGUAUUUUAAGUUUAAAAUAAAUACAUGACAUUAUACAGAUUUUACUUAUUUUAUGAAGAAACAGAUUACACAUAAUUAUUUAUUAUUAUUUUAUUUAAGUUAUAUCUAGGAGAUUACCUAAAAUGUAUUUAUUUACAUAUUUCUGUUUUUUUUAAAAGUUUUUUUUUUAGCUUUUGAUAUUGUACAGGUUAUUACAAUAUUCAAUUUGUGAUAUAUAUUUAAUUUUAUUAUAUUUUAAAAUACAGAUAUAUAUUUUCAGUACUGUAUAAUUAUAUAGCGUUAUAAAUGUAAAAUGACCUACUGAUAACUUACCUCUUUCAUCCUUUUCUGUAGCUGAAAGCUCAUUCCAGUCACUAUACAUCGUUUCACAGACCGAAGUCCAAGCCAAAGCUUUAAAAUGUUUAUUAUGGUAAUCGCUAUCACCAAUAUUCCAUAGACAUGGUUUCGAUUCUACUUCAAUUAUUAGUUUUUCGUAAUCGAACAUUUUUAUUUAAUAUAUUAAUUACUUUUUUUACAUAAAAAUAAAAUAAAUAAGUUCACCGCAUACGACACUGCCGGAUCGUGUGGUCGAACUAUACUAAAAUAAUGUAUAUUUGGAGUUUGUCCGGUAUUGACGAUCCGGUACCACCGCAACAUGUUGCGGUAGAGACCUGCCGGAACCGGCAAAAACGUGUCGUGUAGACCAAAAUUAAAUUAAUAAUUUAAUAUAAUGUAUUUUUAAAAUAUUUCCGCCGGAUCCGGUGUCGCCGUAUCACGACGGAUCCGGUAAUACCGCAUCGUGUGGCCCGACACUUAAUUAUUUACUAUAGAUUUAUAAAAGUUUAGCAGGGGCUCGUCUAGACUAUAAAAACUUAUAUAAAUUAAAACAGUAAAGAUUUGAUGUUUAAAAAAACAAUACAAAUCACGGAGAUAAUCGGUAACGUUACACAUCAAUAGAAAGUUGAAUUUAAUAACAAACAUAAUAAAACCGAAAUCAAACGCAAAAACGUUGUAAUGUUCACAGAUAAUCGCCGAUUCACGUUAAAUAUAUAAAAGUUGCAGUAUUAAUAAUUACUAUGACCAUUGACCACACUGUAAGAUAUAACCUCGUAUUUAUUAUAAUUGCAAGUAAGUACUAUGAAUAAUAAUAUGUAAGUACGACUGGAACAAAUUAAUAAUAAAAUUAGUGACCACGUAUUUUUUCAUGGUUUUCAGAGUCGUUCUUAUUGCUAGCUAAUACGUCAAAAUGAUACAUAUCUACCGUAAUAAUGAUAUUAUGUUAUAUUAGUAUCUAAUAAUUUGUUACCGAAAAAAUUAUGUAAAACAGUUUUUAGGCGAGGCCAAAACGAGAAAAGGCACGCAUGCCUACGUCACGAGUUCUUGCAGUUACCAGCUAUAUAGGCUAUAACUAUAUUAUGUAUUAAUAACUGAACCGUCCGCCGACACGUGUGAUAAACACCAACGAUGGAUAACCAUAAAUAAAAUAAUCGCGCAUAAUAAAUAUGAACUAUAAUAAUAUUAUAACAAUAAUUCCUACGGCCGGACGACCUUAUUCUAGACAUGUACCUGUGGAUAAAAUGCAUACGCAUGGCGUUAUAGACGUGCGUGAAGUUGGACCCCCACCGUGACCAAUUUAUUUGAAAGUUAUGUUCUCAUUUUGCAAAUAAUUUGAAAAUAUUUGCAAAUUGGUUUUCAGAAUUUGCAAAUAAAUUCCCUGUCUAGUA